AUGGGCUCCUCAAUGGUCGCACUCGGCCUGUCAGUAUGGCAAGUCAUGCUCGCCAUCGUCAUAGGACGAAUCAUAAUAGCUGCCGUGGCAGUCGCAGUAGGAUUCAUCGGUGCCGACUGGCACAUUGGAUUCCCAGUCUACUCGCGCGCGCUGUGGGGUCUGCGUGGAUCCUACAUUCCUGUGAUUCAGCGCAUCAUGUGUGGCAUCGUGGGUAUCGCUGUGCAGUCUUAUCUGGGUGGUGUUUGCAUUACCGCGAUGCUCAGCGCCAUUUUUCCCUCCUUCCAUCGCAUGGAAAAUACGCUGCCGCUUUCUGCGAAUAUCACCACGCAGCAGCUCAUCGGCUGGGUCGUCUUCAAUCUUCUCUCGGUACCGUUCCUUUGUGCGCGCCUCGAACGAAGGAAAAUUGUGCGUGUGUUUGUGGCACUGAACGUCUAUUCAUUCUGCACGCUCCUGGCGAUCACGAUUUGGGCCGUUACUCGCGCGGGCGGUGGCGGACCACUGCUGUCGCGAGGUCCGCUACCAGACAGUGACAUUGGAUGGGGCAUCUGCAAGGCGGUCACGACAGUAAUUGGUUCAAUCGCAGUGGGACUGAUGAGCCAACCCGACUUUACUCGUUUUGCUCGCACACCAGGAGCCCAGAUCACAGGGCAAUGGACGUCGAUCUUGCUGUUCGGCACCCUCAUGCCACUUUUCGGUUGCAUCACUGCAUCAGCAACUCAGGCAAUCUACGGACAGCCCGUCUGGAACCCCACAGAGAUAGCCCUGCGAUGGCUGGAAGAUGACUACUCGGCGAAAACACGGGCUGCCAGUUUCUUCGUGGCCUUUGGUCUGAUGGCCUGUCAACUCGUGGUCAAUACAUUCGAGAAUGGAUUCAGCACUGGUAUGGAUCUCGCUGGUCUGGCGCCCAAGUACCUCGACAUCCGGCGCGGAGCCCUUCUCGCACUGGCAGUAGCCUGUUGCUCAUGUCCCUGGCAGCUCCUCACGAGUGCAUCGGUUUUUCUCAAUGUCGUCUCGUCGUACACCAUCAUUAUCGGUCCCAUCUUAGGGAUACAGAUCUGCGAUUACUUCGUUAUUCGACGCCGUCGCCUUCAAUUAUCUGCGCUCUACGACACGGACCCGUACGCUCCGUAUUGGUAUACUCAUGGCUUCAACUGGCGAGCCAUUUUCGCGUGGGUGGUCACGUGGGCACCGCAGUUGCCGGGCUUCAUCAAUGCGAUCAAUCCAGGCGUUCAUGUCACAUUUGGCGCGGCGAAGCUCUUUGACCUCUCAUUCCUGUUCGGGGGUGCAACAGGAUUCUUGCUGUAUCUUGGCGUGAACCUUGCCUUUCCGACAACAAACCCGGCACAGGUCGACCAAGUCGACAUAUUCAACAUUUUCACUGAACAGGAAGCUGAUCGACAUGGCAUGAAAGGAGGUUUUCAGAGUGGCGUUACGGAAGUACCCUAG